CGAAGAAGAUGGGGAGACGGAAAAAAUGUAGAACGUGAGAAAACUUUGACUAUAAACACAGCAUUUAGUGCUGAAAAACAUGCACACGAGAGGUUUCCUUUGUCUGGUUUGAAAAAUAAUGUACCGUGAUAUACUUCUGUUUGCUAAAACAACAAAACAGUGAUAUUUUGAUCUCUUACACCUUGGGAAAAUGCAUCCAAGUACUUAUUCUUACAAAUAACAUGCAAAAGUUUGUAUCCAGAACAUCAAGCCUCGCUUGAGAGACAUUCUCUAAGGUGCAGACUAUAAAGUCAAAGGAACCAGCAAGAUGUGGAUCUACAAUAAAAUGUUGGUCAACCGUAAGACCAGUUUUAGGGAGAAUAUCCCCAUGUCUGAUUACGGCCCAGAUGAGAACAUCAACGACAACACGGACGUAGAGUGGGUGAACAAGAACUGGGUGAGGAGGAUUUUGCGAGCUUGUGCCUUGUUGAGUAUCAUCUCUGUGAGCAUGAAUACGCCAAAGACGUUUGAGGAAUUCCCAGCCCUAAUGUACAUCACUUUCACCAUAGAUCUACUCUGUAUGUUCCUGUUCACAGCAGAAAUGGUGGCCAAAAUCCAUGUCCGUGGCCUGCUGAAGGGAGAGAUUCCUUACCUAAAGGACAGCUGGUGUCAGUUUGACGGCUUCAUGGUCAUUUGUUUGUGGGUGUCAGUGUUUCUCCAGAUGUUUGAGAUGACCAAGUCCAUCGAGCCGCCAUAUUCGUACUGGUCCAUAGUCCGAGCACCACGCCCCCUCAUCCUGAUCCGGGUCUUCAGAGUCUUCCUCAAGUUCCAGCUGCCAAAGAACAGAAUCAACUCCAUUUUCAAGCGUUCGGGUCAGCAGAUCUACAACGUCACCAUUUUCUUCCUCUUCUUUAUGUCUCUCUAUGGAAUUCUGGGCUCAGUUUUUGGUGAACUAAAGUACCACUGUGUUGUGAACAGGACGGACUUUGACCCAGAUAAUGUGACCUUGUACGACCUUGCCGUCCCUGACACAUACUGUUCACCAGAACCCGGAUCGGGCUAUCAAUGUCCUGAGGGAAUGGUGUGUCGCCAGCUCAACCUGCGCAGAGACGAACGCGGAUAUAACGGAUUUGAUGAAUUUGCUACCAGUUUUUUCACCGUGUAUGAAGCGGCCUCACAGGAAGGAUGGGUGUUCCUGAUGUACCGCGCCAUUGACAGUCUGCCGUCCUGGAGAGCUUUUGUCUACUUCAUUUCUCUCAUUUUCUUCCUGGCCUGGCUUGUCAAGAACGUGUUUAUUGCUGUGAUAAUCGAGACAUUCGCUGAAAUCCGGGUACAGUUCCAGCAGAUGUGGGGGUCACGCGGGAGUGACGCAGAUUCGGACACAUCUCAGGUGAUCCAGAGUGAUGGGACAGUUUGGAAGAUGGUUAUGGUGGAUGAGAACAAAGCUCAGGGGAGAGCACCUCCGAUAUUUCAGAGAAUCCUUCGCUCUAACGGCUUUCACGUCUUCAUCCUCCUCCUGGUGCUUGUCGAUGCCUUCGUGGCUGCAAGCGUCCAUUUUGACCAUGACAAGAUGGAAAUUGAUAAAACGUUUGACGGCUUCUACUACUUUGAGGUUGUGUUCACUGUGCUCUUUGACCUGGAAGCCUUGUUUAAGAUGUGGUGUUUGGGGAUUAUGGGGUACGGCAGACGAUCCCUGCACAAGUUCGAGCUGUUGUUGGCUGUAGGAACUACCCUGCAUGUCAUCCCCAAACUGUACAGGUCACAGUUCACGUACUUCCAGGUGUUACGAGUGGUCCGUCUAAUCAAAGCCUCACCCAUGCUGGAAGACUUCUGUUGGAAGAUAUUUGGUCCAGGCAAGAAGCUGGGUUCGCUGAUCCUCUUCUCCAUGUGCCUGCUCAUCAUCGCCUCCAGCAUCAGUUUACAGCUCUUCUGCUUCAUUGCAGAGUUUGAGAAGUUUGACACUUUUCCUCAGGCCUUCAUGUCUAUGUUUCAAAUAUUGACCCAGGAGGGCUGGAUUGAGGUCGUAGACGGCGUCAUGACCAGUGUUUCGUACACAUUUGUCCCCGUAGUAGCCUUAUAUUUCCUCUUAUACCACCUUUUUGUCUCCUUGGCUUUCAUGUCAAUGUUUCAAAUCUUAACGCAAAAAGGCUGGAUUGACGUAAUGCACAUAACCAUGUGGAGGACUGGUGAAAAGUUUGCACCUCUUGUUGCCAUCUAUUUCAUAUUCUACCAUCUGUUUGUGACCCUGAUUGUGCUCAGCUUGUUUGUGGCUGUGAUCUUGGACAACCUUGAGUUGGAUGAGGAUAUCAAGAAACUUAAACAGCUGAAGGCUCGAGAACAAAGCGCUGAGACACAGGAGAACUUGCCACUCAGGCUGAGGAUAUUCACCAAGUUCCCCGACCGGCCCCAAAUGGUGAGGAUGUACCGUGUCCCGGGAGAGUUCAGCAUUGCGGAUGUUCGGGAGAGCUUUAUGAGGCAGUUCAUCGACCAAGAGAAUGACCUUGACCUUGAGAUAGAUGCCCCAGAGACCCGUGAGGAGAGCGACUCUUGUCAGAAGUUAUCUCCCCUGCAUCUGGUGAAGUCUCCCGCUCAGGGAGGCACAAGGAGUGGUGGAGUUGUAGAGAAGAAGGCUGGGGUGACCUCUAUUCUCAGGGACUCCAACCAGCAGCGGAUUGUCAGCGGAGAGUCCAUGUUAUUAGUGAGAGCAGGCACAAAAUCCCUGCUGUCUCAGCAGCACCAGAUUCGCAUGGAUCGCAGGAGCAUGCGAGGGUCACGACCCAGCAGUCUCAAGGUCAACAAGAUGUCCAUGAAGGAGAACGGGGACAUUCACAUGCACAGUGCCUCGUUGACCGGCAGACGAACCGACGACUUUGAUAUCAAAGUCUGGCAGCAGAAAAAGCAACAGGCAGAGAUUAAAAGGAACCAGCAAGAGGAGGACCUGAGAGAGAACCACCCGUACUUUGACACUCCACUGUUUGCUGUUGGCCGAGAAAGCAAAGUGCGGAAGAUCUGCCAGUUGAUUGUAAAUGCUAAGUACGACCACACGGCCCGUGACCCCAUCACUGGCAAGGAGCUGAAGAGCAAAUACCGACAGAUUCAUAAGCUGUUAGGACUGGCGACAUACCUGGACUGGGUUAUGAUCAUCGUCACUGUGCUGUCUUGUAUCUCUAUGAUGUUUGAAACACCUUUCUACAGGGUCGUUAACACACCUGAGUUACAGAUUGCGGAGUACACAUUUGUGAUUUGUAUGAGCAUUGAGAUGGGGAUGAAGACACUAGCCAAUGGCCUCUUCUUUACUCCCAAUGCCGUUGUCAAGGACUUUGGUGGAGUGCUGGACCUCUUUAUCUAUGGGGUCAGUGUAGUGUUUCUGUGCUGGAUGCCUCAGCAGAUCCCCACCCAGUCCGGGGCACAAGUUCUGAUGAUUCUCCGCACGCUGCGCCCCCUCAGGAUUUUUAUCCAGGUGCCACACAUGAGGAAAGUUGUCUAUGAGCUUGUGAGAGGUUUCAAGGAGAUCCUUCUGGUAUCUGUGUUACUGAUUGUUCUGAUGUUUGUAUUCGCCACCUAUGGCGUUCACCUGUUUGGAGGUAAACUGGCCAGGUGUAAUGACCCUGAGAUUAAGACUAGGGAGAAUUGUACUGGGAUGUUCAAGACAAAUGUGUUUGUAACAAGGAUGAAGGUGCCUAAAGGGCCGGAUGGGGCAGAGCCUGGCUUCUGGGUGCCAAGAGUCUGGGCAAAUCCUCAUAACUUCAACUUUGACAAUAUUGGUAACUCAAUGCUGGCAUGUUUUGAGGUUCUGUCACUGGAGGGAUGGCUGGAGAUCAGGGAUGUCAUCAUAGACAGGGUUGGAGCAGUGUCUUCCAUCUACGUCCACGUCUUCGUCUUUAUUGGUUACAUGAUUGGUCUGACGCUGUUUGUGGGCGUGGUCAUUGCUAACUACAGCGAGAACAAGGGUACAGCCUUGUUGACUGUAGACCAGAGAAGAUGGCUUGACUUGAAGGGCAGGAUUAAGCUGGCUCAGCCUCUUCAUAUCCCUCCCAGACCAGAUGGGAGUGGAUUCCGGGCGCUCAUGUACGACAUUACACAACACGUGUUCUUCAAGAGAGCAGUGGCAGUUCUCAUUCUUGCCAACUGUAGUCUACUAGCUGUGCCGUGGUCACAGGACCAGGCUGAGCGGACGUUUAUAUUGGCGAGUAUCUCGGCUGUCUUCACUGUCCUGUUCCUGUGUGAGGUGGUGAUGAAGAUGGUUGCGCUGAACCCCAGCGGAUACUGGACGAGUCGCAGGAAUAGGUUUGACAUGUUCGUCACUUUCCUCGGGGUCAUCUGGAUCAUCCUACACUUCAUCUUCAGCAAUGAUGGCAGUAACUCCUUUGGAUUUUUUGUCAUUGUGCUGCGCUUUUUCACCAUCACUGGCAAGCAUGCUACCCUGAAGAUGCUGAUGCAGACAGUGGUCAUGUCCGUGUUCAAGAGUUUCUUCAUCAUCAUGGGGAUGUUUUUGCUGAUGUUGUUCUACGCAUACGCAGGCGUUAUUCUGUUCGGCACUGUCAAAUAUGGCUACAACCUGGGCAGACACGCCAACUUCAAGACGGCCUCCAGUGCUGUCGCUCUGCUCUUCCGCAUUGUCACAGGCGAAGACUGGAACAAGAUCAUGCAUGAUUGUAUGGUCGGUCCGCCCUUCUGCACACGUGGUCCAAACUUCUGGGAGACGGACUGUGGGAACUUCACGGCGUCUCUGAUGUACUUCUGUAGCUUCUACGUGAUCAUCACUUACAUUGUGCUCAAUUUACUUGUGGCUAUUAUCAUGGAGAACUUCUCCCUGUUCUACUCAAACGACGAAGACUGUUUGCUCAGCUACAAUGACAUCCGACAGUUCCAAAACACCUGGAACCUUGUGGAUGUUAACAGAAAGGGCGUGAUACCUGUGAGGAGAGUGAAGUUCCUGCUGAGGCUCCUGAGGGGACGACUGGAGGUCGACCUGGAGAAGGACCGUCUUCUCUUCAAACACAUGUGUUACGAGGUGGAGAGGCUCCACAGUGGUGGUGAUGUUACCUUCCAUGAUGUACUGAGCAUGCUGUCGUAUCGCUCUGUGGACAUCCGGAAAAGUCUGCAGUUAGAAGAGCUGUUGGCGAGAGAGGAACUGGAGUAUACCAUAGAGGAAGAAGUGGCCAAACAAACCAUCAGGAACUGGCUGGAUAAGUGUCUGAAAAGGAUCAGGGCUAAAGAGCAUUCCAACAUCAUAUCCAACCUGCGGCUGACAAACGAGCCACUGUUCACAGUGACUGAACAGCUGCCCAGUGCUGUGGAGAUCCACACAGAGCGGGAAGAAAACAUUGCCCCGAUCAAAACACGCAAGAAGGGGGUGGUGGAGAGAAAUCCCAUCCCCAUACCUGUCACACUACAGCCACCAUCAAACCGUAAGUUCCUCACCCCAACCGUGACAGUGAAUGUAGAGAAGGAGCGGACAGGCGGACUGAAGAAGAGAAAUCCGCGACUACAGUCUGGAUCCAGUCUGCCAGAGGUGACUGAAGGGCUGACCAGCCCUGACUACAGCCGCCUUCACCAGCCCAUGUUUGUGGGGAAGCACAUGAGUGCUGACGUACAGGGCUGGUGGAAGGAACAGGUCGUGCAGUCCAGUGGAACAGAGUCUGACUGAUGGUGAACUGAUCAUGGAAAUGAUGUGUGGAGGGGGGAUCAAGGGAGUUAAUUUUGUGUGACUUCACUGGAGUGAUUGAAGGAGCAGCAGAGAAGAUAGGCAGUGUUUGGAGUACAUCUGAAGGGAGACAUUUCAAAUUAAAGAGAUACAGAAUGUCACAGAAAAGGGAUAUUUGUGAUGUCACCUUAUAGGGAAGCAUGUCACACUAUAGAGAUACAGCAUGUCACAGGGAAGGAAUAUUUAUGAUGUCACAUUAUAGGGAAGCAUGUCACACUAUAGAGAUACAGCAUGUCACAGGGAAGGAAUAUUUAUGAUGUCACAUUAUAGGGAAGCAUGUCACACAAUAGAGAUACAGACCGUCAUAGGGAAGGGAUAUUUAUUAUGUCACAUUAUAGGGAAGCAUGUCACACUAAAGAGACAUAGAAUGUCACAGGGAAGGGAUAUUUAUGCUGUCACAUUAUAGGGAAGCAUGUCACGCUAUAGAGAUACAGAAUGUCUCAGGGAAGGGAUAUUUAUGAUGUCACAUUAUAGGGAAGCAUGUCACACAAUAGAGAUACAGACCGUCAUAGGGAAGGGAUAUUUAUGAUGUCACAUUGUAGGGAAGCAUGUCACACUAUAGAGAUACAGACCGUCAUAGGGAGGGGAUAUUUAUGAUGUCACAUUAUAGGGAAGCAUGUCACACUAUAGAGAUACAGACCGUCAUAGGGAGGGGAUAUUUAUGAUGUCACAUUAUAGGGAAGCAUGUCACACUAGAGGGAUACAGACCGUCAUAGGGAGGGGAUAUUUAUGAUGUCAUUAUAGGGAAGCAUGUCACACUAGAGAUAUACAGAAUGUCACAGGGAAGGGAUAUUUAUUAUGUCACAUUAAACGGUCAUGUAGCACAUUAAAGAGAGUCCUGUGAAAAGUGGACUGGUUGUAGAAAUUUAUAGUUGACUGGACCACAGUAGUAACACUACACCAGCAUGUAGAACAAGGAUUGUGGAAUGCUAGAAGUUUGCUGGUGGUGUGCUAGUUGUACAGUGUACCACUGAGAACCUUUAGCUUGGUUGGUGCUGUGUUUAUGAUGGGUGGAGUAAAUUUUGUUCGCAAUCCCUCAUCUUGGUAUGUUAAAAAAACUUCAGUGUUUUUUUUUGUUGUUUUUUUUUACAUACAUUUGGCAUUUUAAUGAAAUAUAUUUAUGGAAUAGCUAAAAAUUGCUGGUGUAGAAAAAAUAAGGGGUUAAAUGCUCAUAUUACAAUAAGGCUGAAAUGACAUUGUCCUGUUGCACAGUAGAAUACUUGAGGAGGUUAUUAUGUGCAUGGUGCUGUGAAUUUCAUUAUCAUCUGGAUGUAAUUGUUGGUGGUCAAAUGACCUGUUGAAGCCCAUCCAAAUGUUCCAUGUUAGGAAGUACAAAGAAUUAAUUUAUAAUUAACAUAGCAGUUGGUCCAUGAUGUAUACAAAUUGUAUUUAUUUAUUGCUGUUAUAGAAAGAUGUUAUUAGCAUGUUCAUAUUUUUCAUCACAUUGUUUCACCAGCUACCGUUUGUUGAAUUAACUGUAGUAAAUUAAAGACGGGUGAUAAUGGUUGGUGAAAAACCUUGAGCAUGUAUAUGUGAUUUACAGUUAAUCACAGAAA